AUGGAACUCAAUCAAAUACCCUUAUCACAAACUAAUUCACAACCAUCGAUCGAAGGAGAUCCAGCAACAUAUAAAUUCGCUAUGUUUCUUAUUAGUGCAUUGGCUAUAAUAACAAUAGGUUCAAUUAUUGGUAUUGCAGCUGGAAAUGCUGCUCAUUAUGAUUAUUUCGAACCAAACAAUAUAACAAAUAUAUCUGUUAGUGCACUCUGGAAUGUUUCAAUUCUUUCACAACGUUCAUUAGGAAACGGAGCUCGUUUAUGGUUAACAUUAGCUGAACGUAUAAAACGAUCAAAUAUGUCUAUUAAAACUCGUUCAACUUGGUUGAUUAUAAAAAAAACCAACAAAUAA